AAAGUUGCAGAAAUUGUGGGAGCACUCCCUCUCAUUCUGCGCAUGUCUCUUGCAUUAUUCUUGAUAGGCUUGUCAUUGUAUAUCUCAGUUCUCCACAGCCCACUUUCCUGGAUUGUGGUCACUGUAACAAGCCUUGCAUUCACUUGCUAUUUUGGGAGUGUCCUGAUACCUCAACUAUGGAUUGAGUGUCCAUACAAG